AUGCUGAAAAAAGAAGCAUCAGUCGAUGCUCAUCCAGAUCAAGAGAAUGGCACUAUUACCUCUCUACCAGAGAAUCUCGAACUUGAUCGCCUGGGUUACAAGCCUGAGCUACAGCGCAACCGCUCGGUACUAACCCUGCUCUUUCAAACCCUUGCCAUAGCUGCAAUCCCCUAUGGCGAAGGCUCACCCCUACUCUCCGCCAUCUAUGGAGGGGGACCACUAUCAAUCUUCGUCGGAUGGAUAGUCGUCUGCCUCUUAGACCAAUGCAUUGCCUUCUCUCUGGCAGAGCUAGCAUCACGCUACCCAACCUCAGCAGGGCCCUACUAUUGGACCUUUCAAAUAUCCCGCGGCAACAAGACCACCAUCUCCUUUGUAAAUGCCUGGAUCUGGCUUAUUGGCAAUUGGACCAUAACGCUCUCGGUCAAUUUCGGCUUCGCGUCUCUACUCUCGGCCACAAUAUCAAUGUACCACCCCACAUGGUCAGCGAAUAGCUGGCAACUCCUCCUCAUUUUCUACGCAGUCUGCUUGGGCUCCCUAGUAAUCUGCGUCUUCGCAAACAAAUACCUCCCCCAAGUCGACAUAGCCUGCGCAACCUGGACAGCCGUCACAAUCAUAAUAAUCCUAAUCGCCGUCUCCGUCAAAGCCUCCUCAGGCCGACACACGGCAUCCUACACCCUAUCACAUUACGACAAAUCCUUCGCCGGCUGGGGCGGCUUCACCUUCUUCAUCGGCCUCCUCCCAGCAGCCUACACCUUUUCAGCCAUAGGAAUGAUCUCCUCAAUGGCCGAAGAAUGCAACAAACCAGCAAUCAAAGUGCCUCGAGCAAUCGCGCUCUCCGUCCCCGUCGGCGGCACAGCAGGCCUCUUCUUCAUCCUCCCCCUCUGCGCAACCCUCCCACCACUAGAAGACAUAAUCGCCGCGCCAGGUGGUCAAGCUCUCCCCUACAUCCUGCACACAGUAAUGGGCAGUCCAGGCGGCGGCCUGGCGCUCGUCUUCCUCGUCCUGGUAAUAACGCUCUUCUGCUCAAUAAGCAUAACAGUAGCAGCCAGCCGAUCAACCUGGGCUGUGGCACGCGACGAGGCAAUCCCCCUCUCAAAGACGUGGGCAACCGUCCACCCAACACUCAACGUCCCCGUCUGGUCGCUCGUCCUCUUAACCGCCAUCCAGAUGUUACUCGGUCUCAUCAAUCUCGGCAGCACGAGCGCCUUCACAGCCUUUGUGUCUGUCGGUGUCAUCGCGCUGGCCGCCGCGUAUGCCAUUCCUAUCUUUUUGAGUCUCUGGCAUGGGCGGGACGAGGUGCGGAAGGCGCCGUGGAAGGUUCCGGGGGUGAAGUGCAUGCCGACUGCUUUGCCGGUUACGGCUGUCUCGAUGAAUUAUGCUUCUGUUGUUUUUGUGGGGUUUAUGGCUAUUUCGGGGGUUUGGUAUGGGCUUUAUGCUAGGAAGUCUUACAAGGGUCCGCCGGAGUCGGAUGCUUUGGAUUAG